ACGGCCCAGCCACGCUUCUCUCAGUCUCAAGGCGGCUCCUGAGGUCUCAAGACUCGCUCCACUGUUAAGAGACAGAGACUUCCACCAUCACUACUGCUACUACUUCUACUACUUCUACUACUGUUACUGUCUGCAUCGCCAAAAGCACCACCACCAUGGCAGAACACAAGAAUUUUGACAGUCUUCUCAGCACUAUCGGAGUUGGCAGGUGGACUUUCCUGAUGUUUGCGCCGUAUACCCUGUCGAAGGUCAGGAGUGGAGGCAAGGCGAGGCUAAUGACCUGUCUGCUGCAGGGGCAUUGUUGCUGCCGUACUUCUCCCUCGGCGGCGUCUUCUACAACCCCGCGGUGGAUCACUGGUGCCACGUGCCAGAGCUGCAAAACUCAUCGUGGACUUUGGAGCAGAUUCGGAAUUACUCCAUACCUUGGGAGGACAAUGGGGGUCAGCUGGUGAGGUCACAGUGCCGGGUCUUGGAGAGAGACUACGAGGCGGUGUCACAUCUGCCGUGGUCCCCUGAACUGGUCACUACCCCCGAGCAGGCCGCCGCGCUCCCAUCCCGCCGCUGCCACCAAUAUGAAUAUGAUACCUCUACCUUUGCUUCUACAGUGUCUAUGGAGUGGGACUUGGUGUGUGGACGAGCCAGCCUGAGUCCCUUCUUCCAGAGCUUCUACUUCUUCGGAACCGCUGUAGGGGAGCCUCUGAUGGGUCUCUUCGCUGACAGGUUUGGUCGGCGGUGGGUCAUCUCCGUGUCAGCCCUGCUCUUCCUGUUGACCUCCGUGACUUCUGCCCUCGUGCCCCUCUACUCCCUCGUGCUCGCUGGCCGCUUCGUUCUAGGGGCACUGCACGCCAUCAUCGGCCCAGCUUACAUUCAGGGCAUGGAGGCGUGUCCAGUCAAUCUGCGCACAGUCUUCGGUCUGCUGGCCACCACGCCCUUCGCCCUCACCGGGAUGCUCUUCGGCGCCUGGGCUUACCUCAUCAGGGACUGGCGCACGUUGCAGUUGGUCUGUGCCGCGCCCACCCUGCUCUUCAUCAUUCUUAUCCCGUUCGUGGACGAGUCCCCGCGGUGGCUGAUGCAGAAGGGGCGCCUACAGGAAGCGGCAAACAACCUCCUGAAGGGUGCUCGCUGGCAGGGCGCCACGCUCCCGACGCAGCCUGAACUUGUGAAUCUCCUUGAGAAAUUCCGUCUUGAGAGUGCUGACGGCGGACAGGAGCACCAGCAGAUCACGAGGAACGAAGGGUGUGCCUCGAGGUGCUGGAGGGAGACCACGCUGCUUGUCCGGACGCCUGCCCUUCGCCGCAUCACAAUCGGUCUGUUCGGUUGCUGGUUCUUCACGGGCGUCACCUUCUGGGGCAUGAGUCUGUCGGGAACUUCCUUCAGCUCAGACCCGUUCCUAUACAUGGUUCUGAGUUCCCUGAUGGAGAUCCCAGGAUACAGCGGCUUCACUCCUAUCGUGGCUCGCUUCGGUCGCCGGUUCGUGCUUAGUUUUAAUUUUGCGGUGUGUUCCUGCGCCAUCCUCACCAUUCUGGCCACCCCUGCUAGCUACACGUGGAUGAUCUUCGCCCUGGCCCUCGUCGGGAAGCUCUUCAUCACAGGGUCCUACGGGCUGCUGUACCUCGUGUCCUCUGAGCUGUUCCCGACCACAGUGCGUUCCCGCGGCCUCAACCUCUCCUCCAUGAUGGCUCGCUUCGGCUCCAUCAUGUCCCCCUUUGUCAUCAAGCUCCUGGCUUCAACAUACUGGUGGGCGCCUUCAGUCCUCUUCGGCAUGGGGGCAGGACUGGGCACGCUGUUCGCCCUGCUACUGCCGGAAUCAAGCAACAAACCCAUGGCGGACACCGUGGAUCAGCUGGAGCUCCUCUACGGCUCAAGCAGCAGAACUUCCUCCUCUAAUAGCAUCGAGAAGGGCGUGGCGUCCCCUCUCACAGCCCCGGAGAGAGAAGGCGAGGCUGACGUGUGAAGUGACGAAGUGGAUGCUAGUUUGAAAUUUCAUCCCCAAAGCUUUACUGCAGUGUUCUCGCUCUCUAUUAGGAGUUUUGCCGUUAUUCUGUGAGACUGUGGGACUUAACGCAGCAUCGCUAAGGCCUCGGAGUACAGGGAUGGCCUUACAGUACCGUCCUAGCAUAAACAGUACUAAGCUAAUGUACAAACAGCAUUACCUCAGCAUGAAAGGAUACACUGAUGCGUAGACCGUGUAUAAUGAGCACUGUGCAAAUGUACACAGCAUUACCUCAGCAUAAAAGGAAUAUACUGAUAAGUAAACACUGCCACAGCAAAAGAAAUGAUAAUAUAUAAACAACAUCAAGAAAUAUACUGAUACGUCAACAGUAUUGCCACAACAUAUGAAACACCAUGCUAACAUACUCACCAUUACCACAGCAUACAGGAAUACACCAACACAGACAACACAGCCACUGAUACAUAAACCAGUGUAUUGAUAAACAUAGUGGCGUUUAAUCAAGCAACACUCCCAACCUCGAGAAACACGGCAACACUGAUACAAGCCUAACGCAACCUCAGGAAAGUAUAUACACUGACAGCUUCGGAUGAUCUAUAUAUAUUACUUAAAACGCUUGGCUUGUCCGUCCGUCCGUUUGUCUUUCCGUCCGUCCACCCGUUUGUCUUCCUGCCUGUCAGAGAAGCAACGCUCACAGAGGUCGGUAAAUGCAGUAAAACCCUCCACGCAACACAACACAGUACGAAAUGAAACACGUACACGUUAUAAGAACAUAAGAAAUAUUAACGCAACACAAACCCAGCAAACAACGGUUUCUUAAAACACUACCAACGCAACACAACACGAAAAACAACACAUACAUUUCAGUAAACAUAGAAAAAAAUCCCACGCAAUACUAAAACACCCACUAACACUUACACUUACCUUAGUAAACACAAAUAUAGCCCCACAGAACACUACCAUUCCAACUCAAGAUGCAACACAACACUAGAAUAAAGAAAAAUAAUGAGAAAUAAAGUCAGCCAGCAAAACACAAACAAAAACAUCACACAACACAAAUACAACACAAAUUGCAACACUCACUCUAGCGUCCUCCAAGGCAGGCCCGCCUCCGCAACACAAACCGCCACGUGCAUCCUCGCAACACCCCUGCAACAUGGAGAAAAUAAUGUAAAUAUAUAUCCUUCUGAUAGAGGAGGUGGUGGUGGUGGUGGUGGUGGUGGUGGUGGUGGUGGUGGUGAUGGUGGUGCUACAGUGACUACGGAAAACUUUAGAAAUUGUAGAACCUCAGGGAAUUAAUUGGAGCAUUGCAACCAUGAACUCUGUGUGUGUGUGUGUGUGUGUGUGUGUGUGUGUGUGUGUGUGUGUGUGUGUGUGUGUGUGUAGCCGUGACAUCUCAAUAAGCGGUGAUGUGACAGUAGCAAUGAACCUGACAAAGAGAGAGAGAGAGAGAGAGAGAGAGAGAGAGAGAGAGAGAGAGAGAGAGAGAGAGAGAGAGAGAGAGAGAGAGAGAGAGAGAGAGAGAGAGAGUAGAGGCAGUAGUCUUCACUCGUCUAACUAAUCUUACACAAAUGUUUAAGUUUUUGUUAUGGUUAUGUUUAAGCGUGUGGUUUACUAAUAGAGUUGUUUAUACUGUUUUAUUUUAGUUACUGUUCCGUGUCCCUCCGAAUCACUAAACGUAUUUAGGUUUUUUUGUACAAAUCAAACUAUUUACUCGAAGUUUAUAUUCAUUUUAUUUUAUUCUGUGAUUAUUAUUUACUCUUUUUUUAGCGUUACAGAAAGUGCUGUUCUUUUUUUCUCUUCUUUUCUUUCUUUUUCUUGUCUUUUUAUUUUUUUUUUUUUUCUUCUUUAUAAAAAUAGUUUAUUGUUUUCAAAUUUCUUUUUUUCUAACAUUUAACUUAAAACUAGUAAUACACUCUCUUUUUUUUCUACAUCUUGUGAUAUACAGAAAUUGCUCAAAAUAUUUUCUAUGUCAAGCCAGUGUUAAAUCCUUUCCUCUCCUUUUCUUGUACUUUUUCUUACGUAUUCAUUCAUUUUUCCUCUCUAUGGUAUAAAAAGAGGGAAAAGAUUAACGCUUUUAUCUGAUUUUUCUUCUUUUUUUUUUAUAUACGUUUCUUGUGAUAUUAAAGUUAGAAAAAUUAUAACUUGUGAAUUACGUGUUUCUUCAUCUUUCAAUUUUCAUAUUUUUCUUUAAUCAAUUUCCUGCUUUCCAUGAUUACAAAGGAAAAAGAUUGGACAAAGAAUUCAUGUGAUAUUUCGUCGGUUUUAUAUAAUAUUCAAAACUUGCCUCGUCUUAUCAUCUUCUUUUAUCUUUCCAUCCUCAUUACAGUCAAAAAUUGUUCAUAUCAUCAUCUUUAUUAUCUUUUCAUCCUUGUUACUCUCAAAAAUUGUUCAUAUGUUCAUCUUUAUUAUCUGUUCAUUCUUAUUACUUUCAAAAAAUGUUCAAAUGUUCAUCUUCAUAUCUUUUCAUCUUUAUUACUUUUCAGUGUCUUUUUUUUUUCUGUCCUGCGCUCAAUACUCACCCAACAUCAUUGUAAGCAUCAUUAUAAACAGUGUAAGCGUUAUUGUCUGCCUCCUAUCACCCCCACAGUGUCAUCCCAAGCAUUACCAUUAUCGAUCAACUUCGGAACAUUCACAGAAAAAAAAUUGAAAACACAAAAACAAUCAUCUUUUAAAAUAUAUAAGUUCACAGUCAACGAGACAGUUCUUGUUUAACUAUAAUGUUUGUAUGAAUAUACUUGCAAUAAAACUGUAUGAUUUUUAUGCAGCGUGAA